GGGCGGAGUUACAGCGCUCCACAAUCCACCCAACUCAAUUCAUCUUUUUACCAGGCCCCGCCCCCCUUCUCUGCCCCCACGUGUCCCGCGCACGGCUGGGAGAAGCCUCCGCCUGUAACGCACUGGCAGCAAUAGGAGAGGGGCUGUUGCUGAGCGGGCAUGUGGGCGGGGCCUGCGCCGUGAUUGACGCGCCCCUUCCCCCAGACUGAGCUGCGGCUGCAGUGCGGGAUUCGCCACUGUGAGGUCGGGAGUGACCCGAUUACACCCGCGGGGGGCCCCGAAAGACUGGAAACACCCGCGGGGGGGACAAAGUGACACGAGUGUACCCCAGGGGAGCUAUAGUCUGCCCGAUACACCCGCUGGGAGGAGGAACAAAGAAACUCGCCUACACCCGCUGGACACAGCCGGGCGGAGACAUCGGACUGAGCUACACCCGCCUGGGGCAACACAACUCGGAUAUACCCGCUGGAGAGUAAGAGUAAUCCAGAAACACCGGGGCUGGUGGAAGCGGACACGCGAGAGCUGGUGCCCAGUGUGUCGGGUAACCCGGGUGAGCUGCUGCUGGAAUGUUGCUGGGUGUUGUUCCCGCGGGUCCCCCAGAGAUGCUGGUGCUGGCGAUGCUGCUGCUGGCGGGUGUGAGAGGACUGGAAGAAACUCUCUUGGAUACUCGGUGGACAACAUCAGAGCUAGCGUGGGUUACACAUCCUGAAUCUGGGUGGGAAGAAGUUAGUGGAUAUGACGAUGCAUUAAACCCGAUACGGACUUAUCAGGUGUGUAAUGUUCAGAUGAUGAAUCAGAAUAACUGGUUACGGACGCAGUUCAUCCCUCGACAGAACGUACAGCGUGUCUAUGUGGAGUUGAAGUUCACAGUGCGAGACUGCAACAGUCUUCCAAACAUUCCAGGAUCUUGCAAAGAGACCUUUAAUUUAUUUUACUAUGAGUCUGAUACAGAUUCUGCAUCUGCUAACAGUCCCUUUUGGAUGGAGAAUCCAUACAUUAAGGUGGACACUAUUGCACCAGAUGAGACUUUCAAACGCCGUGACUCUGCCCGCGCUAACACCAAAUUACGGAGCUUUGGGCCCCUGUCUCGUGCUGGCUUUUACUUGGCGUUUCAGGACCUGGGUGCCUGUGUUUCUUUAAUUUCAUUGCGUGUUUUCUACAAAAAGUGCCCGCGCACUUUAGCCGGAUUUGCAAGUUUCCCAGAGACACUCACCGGGGCUGAACCCACCUCAUUGGUUAUUGCUCCUGGUGUCUGUGUCCCUAAUGCCUUGGAAGUGUCUGUCCCUCUCAGGCUAUACUGCAAUGGAGAUGGGGACUGGAUGGUACCUGUGGGAUCCUGCACCUGUAAACCUGGUUAUGAAGCAGCUGCAAAGGACACACAGUGCCAAGCCUGUACUAGUAACACAUACAAGCUAAACCAAGGGACAGGGCCCUGCACUCCUUGUCCUGCAAGCAGCAAAGCCAAUUCUUCUGCAGCUACUGUGUGCUCCUGCCAUAAUGGCUUCUACAGAGCUGACAACGAGACUCCUGACACGCCUUGCACAACUGUGCCUUCGGGACCACGACAUGUGAUAUCCAAUGUGAAUGAGACCUCUGUUAUCCUAGAGUGGGGAGAACCUACCUUAUUGGGUGGUCGAAAUGAUACUUCAUACAAUGUGAUCUGUAAAAAGUGCUCGGAACAAACGUGCUCUCGCUGUGAUGAUAACGUUCAGUUUUGGCCACGUCAACUAGGCGUCAAGCAGCGACGUGUCUCAGUCAGUCAUCUCCAGGCCCAUACAAAAUACAGCUUUGAAGUCCAGGCUAUUAAUGGGGUGUCUAGCAAGAGCCAGCACACCCCAAAUUAUUAUUCUGUAAAUAUCACAACCAACCAAGCAGCUCCUUCAUCUGUUCCUAUCGUGCAAUCUCAUGGAAGCUCAGCAAGUUCUCUCCAUUUGUCCUGGGCUCCCCCUGAGCGGCCCAAUGGUAUCAUUUUGGAUUAUGAGAUAAAGUAUUAUGCAAAGGCUCACAACGGCGCAGGAAACACAGUGACCAGUCAGCGCACCAAUGUGCGUAUGGAGGGCUUAUUUCCAGACACUGCUUAUGUGGUUCAAGUUCGUGCUCGUACAGUUGCUGGAUAUGGAGCGUACAGUGAGCCACACGAGUUCCUGACCAUAGCUGAGGAUGGAGAUCGGAGCAGUCUCAAGGAGCAGGUCCCGAUGGUGGUUGGCUCUGUGAUAGCUGGGCUGAUAUUUAUAAUUGCAGUGGUCAUUAUUGUCAUUGUGUGCUUCAGCAGAAAGCAGAGAAAUGAUCCGGAAUCUGAAUACACCGAGAAACUGCAACAAUACAUGGUUCCUGGCAUGAAGCUUUACAUUGAUCCGUUUACUUAUGAGGAUCCUAAUGAAGCUGUGCGAGACUUUGCUAAAGAAAUUGACAUUUCGUGUGUGAAGAUUGAAGAAGUGAUUGGCGCAGGUGAGUUUGGGGAGGUUUGUCGUGGAAGAUUGAAGCAGGCUGGACGCCGGGAACAGCUGGUGGCAAUCAAGACGCUGAAAGCAGGAUAUACAGAACAGCAAAGACGUGACUUUCUGGGUGAAGCAAGCAUUAUGGGACAGUUCGAUCAUCCAAACAUCAUACGAUUAGAAGGCGUUGUGACCAGGAGUCGCCCAGUGAUGAUCCUAACAGAGUUUAUGGAGAAUGGAGCACUUGAUUCUUUCCUAAGGAUGAAUGAUGGACAGUUCACAGUGAUCCAGCUAGUAGGAAUACUACGUGGCAUUGCAUCAGGAAUGAAGUAUUUGGCAGAGAUGAACUAUGUUCAUCGAGAUCUUGCUGCCCGUAACAUUCUGGUGAACAGCAACCUUGUCUGUAAGGUGUCUGACUUUGGCCUGUCCAGGUUCCUGGAGAACAGCCGAUCUGAUCCCACUUAUACCAGCUCCUUGGGAGGGAAAAUUCCAAUUCGCUGGACUGCUCCAGAAGCAAUUUCUUAUCGAAAGUUCACAUCUGCAAGUGAUGUUUGGAGUUAUGGCAUUGUCAUGUGGGAAGUUAUGUCGUAUGGUGAGCGACCAUACUGGGACAUGUCUAAUCAAGAUGUUAUUAAUGCUGUGGAGCAGGACUAUCGUCUUCCACCUCCUAUGGACUGCCCGUCUGCUCUCCACCAGCUAAUGCUUGACUGCUGGCUCCGUGAUCGUAAUUUAAGGCCUAAAUUUUCACAGAUUGUCAGUUCUUUGGACAAGUUAAUACGAAAUGCAGCAAGUCUGAAAGUUACCAGUCCAGCACAGGCAGGUGUUUCCCAACAGCUUCUAGACCGUACCGUCCCAGAUUACACAACGUUUCCUACUGUUGGUGACUGGUUGGAAGCCAUCAAGAUGGGCCAGUAUCAGGAGAAAUUUCUGAGUGCUGGAUUUACCUCUUUCCAUUUGGUGGCACAAAUGACUGCUGAGGAUUUGCUCCGUAUCGGGGUGACACUAGCAGGUCAUCAAAAGAAGCUUCUCCAUAGUGUCCAAGACAUGAGGCUGCAAAUGAGCCAAACUCUUCCAGUUCAGGUGUGAGAUCUCUACACCAUGGGACAAAGCUCUUCAUAUUGAAGAAAUAAUAUGGACUUCAAAGGGCUCUACGGGAGCUCAAGGGAGCACAAGACAACCUGGAUAGUGAGGUUUUGAGUGGAGUCACAGUCCCUUUGCACAAAAGAACUCUCAUCCCUCUGCUUGCCGAUUACUUGCACUUCAGUGUGAUCUGCUGCUGUAGGCAGGAUAGAUUGUAUAUUACAGCCCUACUUCUGUUUUUUUUUUUUAUAGGGCCAUCGGUAUCAGUUGGUUUGUGUGAAUGAUAAUGUGUGCAAGAGAUUGGUAAGCAUGAAUGUGAAGCGUGUGGAGUACGUGUGUAAAUAUGAGCAGUGUAAGUGUAAGUAGAGGGUCCCACGAGAGUACAAGAAAGGCAAAAUCUUUAAAGUGUCUUCCACCUACGUCAAAACCUCUAUGACAAUAAUAAGGGUGCAGGGUUGCAGAGCUAGCUAUUUUGUUUUUAUUCUGUAUGUACCUACAGCAGGCGUCUAUAAUUCCCAGUUCUUCCCUCUUCUUUUAUUUAUUUUUUAAAUGUUUUGUACCUGCAUGCAGAAUAUAGAGUUGCCCGCGUCCUACAUUCGUAAGAUUGUACAGAGACCUUUCUGUGCGAGUUCCUGUGAUUUAGACCUCUUGGCCCAUCGUUUUUAAUCUGGUGUUAAUUAAUACAAUACACUCCUUGGCACCAAGUUUACUCUUAUAGGGGCCAUUUUGUCUUCAGAAACUCCUGUGCCUCAUAGAUAAGGAAUUAGCGCUGUACAACUCCGUCACUCCCCCCACCCCCCUCCUAUUUGUUCUCUCUGCCGCCUCCCCCUUUCCCUCAUAUUUUUCCUCCGCUGUUGACAUCUCCCAUCUGGAAACUUGUCACUUCCUUAUAUCUCUACACACACAGGCUACACACAUACGCUUGUUUGUGUUGUGGGGGUUUUUUAAAGUUUUUUUUUUUUUUUUUUUAAACACCUGCCUUUAUUCCCUAUCUACCGUUUUUAUUUGUGCCCACCCUCCUGCAGCCAUGUUACGCUCUUUAUUUUGCAAGUGUACUCACACUUCCAGUGAUAUGAGGAUGUAUUCAAAAUGGAAAAUGUCAUAACUGCAUUUUAUAAUUUUCUUUUCUUUUUUUUAAGAAAUACUUUUUCAAUUAAAUU